AUGCCGGCAGACAGACUCCUCAACACAGUCCUGCAGCUGUACCAAAACGUCCAUGACGACCGCAAGACGGACCAGAUCGUCGGCUCGACGGUGAACCUCCUGGCGUCCCUCUCGAACCCGCUGAACCUCGGCGUCCUCACCUCCCAGCUCCUCAUUGCGCCCGCCAUCUGGCACCGCCGCGACGGCCUGCGCACAAGCCUGCGCAUCAUCUCCGUCUACAACAGCGCCGCGAUACGGGUGCGGCAGAACGAGCUCGAUAAAGCCAGGUCCGACAGCAAUGAUUCCCACAACAUCCAAACACCGACGCAGCAGGGCGGCGGGCUCGGUAGCGAUACGUGGGUCCGGGCCGUGGUCAAGGGCGCCGACGACCGCUCCAACAGGUGGCAGCACCUCCUGGUCCUGACGGGUAUCCUGAUGGGCAUGGAGGCCAACGAUAAGGGCUCGCUGUCGCGGGGCCUGCGGAAUACCUUGGAGGAGGCCGUCGUCACGGCCGCGAACCUCGCGCUGGAGCGCCAGGACGGCUCGUUCGCCUCGGCGUCGAUCGUGCUCGCGCUCAACUACGUCUUUCCGUUCCUCUCCGAGUUCCACCAGGCCGCGAUCAACUACAACGCGCUUCUGCCCAUCACCGUGCUGGCCAUCACCGGAGAAGACGGGUUCCAGGACGGCGGGUUCCUGGAGGACGUCCGGCAAGACGUCAGGCAGAACGGUCCAUUCGUGGAGUGGUCUCCCGCCUCGCCGUCGUUCAGGCUGCAGCAGGCGAUGGAGAGCAAGCCACUGAUGGGCGGCAUGGGGCCGUUGUCCCGGUUGGCGGCCUUUGCCGUCACGAACGCGACGGACUCGUCGGUCGUGCUCGAGGCGCAGGACUCGCUACUCGAGUUCGCGCAAAAGUUGUUCCAGCAGUGGCAGCGGAACCCGCUAUCGACGGUCGACGCCGCUGACGAGACGGCGAGGCUGGAGCACAAUACGCUCGACGGGACUUGGCCGGUUCUUUGGGGGACGCUGAAGAAGACAAUGUACGCCACAGUCGCUGUUCUCCAGUCCAUCGUCGGACGCAGUCUUCUUGAUCCGCGCAUGAGGAACGACGUCAUGGCUCCCCAGGUCGCCACGAAAUCACUACACACCCUACGGUUCUUGUUCUUCAUCUCAUCGAGACACGGAGCCAGCGCGUUCCAGGCGUACACGUUUACCUAUCUCACCUCUCUCGAUAUCCUGGCACGGUUCGGGGAUGCCUCGGUGUCUUUUCUCGCGGAGACGAAGCCCCCUCACGCUGGGGCGGUGCCUCCCAACCCCCUUGACCGGACACUAGAUCUCUUCUACCUCAAUGUCGCCGAGCACCUGCCCCUCAACAUACCCACGGAAGCCUGCGACGCACUGAUCGUAGGGCCGGCGACCGCAUAUCUCACCUACACCGGCGCCCUAACAGCGACCAUGGUCGAACUCUUCGAAGCAGCCCACAGUGCCGUCCUCUCCGUGCUAUCAUGCCCACACAACAGCUCCCUGACCAUCAACCUCGUACCCUUCUACAUUGAUGCCCUCUUCGCCUCGUUCCCAGCCCAGAUCUCCACCCGGCAGUUCCGCUUGGCCUUCAAGACCAUUAUGCAAGUCGUCUCGCCGCCCUUUCCAAUCUCCCUCACGGAGCCACAACUAUCCGAGACGCUUCUCGAAAUGGUGCGCUUCAAGACACUGAGCGCGGGCACAGAACGACUACCCGCAACGCACGACGCGAUCGCGCAGGCCGAAAAGGGUCUGGCGCCGGAGCAGGAGUUGGUAUCAGAGCAAAGCUCGCUCGUCCUAACGCUGGUCGACUCGCUGCCGUUUUUGCCGCUGCCGCUCGUCGAGGACUGGUUGACGCUGACGGCGCAGGCGAUGAACGAGAUUGUCGAACCCGCCGUUCGGCAGCCUGUCAGGGACCGUUUUUGGGAGGUGUUGGUCAGCGGCGAGAUGGACGUCGAGAGGGCUACGAUUGGCGUCGCGUGGUGGACUACCAAGGGCGGGCGGGAGCUUGUCGUGGGGAGAGAUGCGUUGCUACGACAGCAGCCGCAGCAGAAGAUGCCUGUGAUGAGUGGUGCUAUCAUGGAUGAGAGCAAGUCGAGUAGGCUGUAA